GUUUUCUAUAGGCACUGGAUAAUGACUGCUGAGCCCUGAGUGCACGCAUAGGACACAGGCAUCAGCUAGAUUUGGUACCGAAUUUGUCGGAAGUGAUCAUCAUCAUCAUCAAUAAUCAGUAGUUACCAUUGAAUCAGCACUCAAUAAUUGCAGUGUAAGCUGUACGCACAGUUCUGAGGCCCAACUUUGGUCCGGAAGGAAACACUAUAUUUGCUCUUGAGGGUGAUUAACUGGAACAUUGGAUGUUGGAGAUGAUAGAUGAUGGCGCACGGGCCCCAUCAUUUUAACAGGACCCGGACGCGAAGGUCCGCUCGGUAGUAGUAAUGGUUGAUGGUGAUUACUGGAUUUGUUACUCCCGUCAUCAUGUUUUUCUAUCUUCCUUCUAUCUUCCUAUCCCUAGUCCCGUAUUCAUCUCUUAAAUUUCUCGUCAUUACAGCGCCCUAUCAUCAUGUCAACAUCCAAUAAUGAACUUCGGUGCAACCAUCUCAAGUGCAGGAGUUUUCUGUCUAUGGAGGGACAAGCUGUGGUGACUACUUGUUCACAUAUCUUUUGCAUAUCUUGCGCGACAACUCUCUUUGCUUCAUCUCUUGCCUGUCCGGCAUGCAAUCAGUCUCUUCAGGGGCCUGAUGAUAUCGUAAUGACGACAUUAAAUCCAACCAACGAAUAUAAAGCCUCCAUUUUAGCCGGUUUACCGCCUUCCACCAUCCUUGAGAUUACUGCUCGAGCUAUUAGCUUCUGGACAUAUCAGCUUUCUCAAGAAAGCGCAUACCAAGCAUUGGUAUUAAAAAAUGCGCAAGACCGCCAAGUAUGCACCGAGAAGCAGCUUAACAAUGCAUUUGAGGAUCUUCAGAUUGCGAACAAGAAAAUCGUUUCUCUCGAAAACGAACUAGACGUCAAUCGCCGUAAGGUUCAAGGAUUAAUCAAUGAGACACAUCGCAAAGGUCGCGAACUUUCACGUCUUCGAGAUAAUCUUGAAAAAGUAAAGAGGAAGAACCCUUUUAAUGGCGUUGCUCAAGCAGGCGAAAAAAUAGUAGAGCAAUCUCACCCUGAACAGAUUUUUAGCGCAUCAAUAAACGGAUCGACGCCAAUUUAUCGUUCAACAGGACGCUAUACUGUAACGCCUCACUCAACACAUAAUCAAAUACCUUUUCGCUCGCAGUCUUCAGGCCCUCACGGCGGUCCUAUAGUGCCCCCACUUUUUUCCGGAACAAAUGUUGGAGCUUCCAAUAGUGCCAUCAGUGACAACAGGAGCGCGGAACGUCGUUUCAGAGCCCCUGGCAUGGCAGCUAACAGUGGACGUGGGCACUUCUGAUCAACGUUGAAAAGGCAGAGUACGUUUUGUUCCUGGAAUAUUCACCUCCUGUGAACUAGGUAUCUUCGUCAAACAGGGAAAAAAGUACAAUAGAAGAUCGUCGUGCAGUCAGCAGCCAGUUAGUUAUAUUGGGUGUUGUGUCGAUCUCUAUAUCAGAUAGACGACCAUCGUAUUGUUUUCAUAAUGAAAAACAGCGGGGAACCUUGGCAUAAGAUCUGCAGUGUUCAGAACAACAUGCGUGACAUGAUGAUGGUCAAACUACACAUAUAUAAAUUCAAGGAAAUGCGCCAGCAACAACAGUGAUGCGUAGUACCAAAAAACUACUUGUUGUAAAGUUUUCGGCUACUACGUCGGCACUGUAUGCUCUCAUCAUCCACGAGAGAUAUUACAGAUCAAUACCAUGGCCCAUCGAGUGGUGAUUGGAGGCC